GAGGCGUGCCACCGCGUCCGGAUCCGCCCUGAUGCCCGAGUGACAGCGUUGACAAGAUGGCGGAGAGCAAGGCAGCGAAAUGAGGAUGACAACACAUUCUUAUUAGUUGCGACCAAUGGCAGUACGAUUGUUUUAGUAGCUUAUAAUCGUGUAGUCACAGAGUGCAGGCCAACUAAAUCCAUUUUGGCCAGAGAGCGGCGGCGAGUCGUUGUGCAAAUGUUCCCAGUAACCUACUGUGUUCUGUUGGGGAAAUCCUUUGGCGCAAGGAUCACAGCCAAGCAACUCUGCUGACAAUUUAGCUUGCCAGCUAGCUAUCUUGCUAGCUUCCAAACAUAGCUCCCUAGCGGACGUAGCUAGCUAGCUAAUGUUGUAAGCUAGCUACGUUGGUAAAGCCAAUGCACUUGUAAAAAGAUUAUGACUGCGGACAAAAGAACGGUCUGUUGCAGAUACAUGCUUGCAUCGGGAAAACGGCGUCUGGUGUUGAUAAUUUGAACAGAUAGAAUCUCAGUAUACUUUGUUCGGACUGGGCUUGAAACAAGUUUGUUUGCAAGGUUAGCACAGGAAAGAAGCCUGAAGUGCAGUGCUCCGAUGAGGCAUUUUGCUGACUACCGGAGUUCGGACCAGGUGGAUGUUUAUAAACAGCGCUGACUAACGUUAGCCAAGUUUGCUAAAGACCUUUCGUACUCACAACACGGACAUUUGCGGACCUCGGAGUUCUUUGGAAUUGUUCUCUCUCGUGUAUUAGGUGGUUCAGAGCAAACGUUCUUAGUUAUUAAAGUUGCCUGGCAUCAUGGCUCACUCCCCGGUUCAAGGCAGUUUGCCGGGGAUGCAGAGUCUGAGGGCCGACCCUGAGGAGUUCUUCACCAAGCUGGAGCGGAUCGGCAAGGGCUCGUUCGGCGAGGUCUUCAAAGGCAUCGACAAUCGCACCCAGAAGGUGGUGGCCAUCAAGAUCAUCGACCUGGAGGAGGCCGAGGACGAGAUCGAGGACAUCCAGCAGGAGAUCACCGUGCUCAGCCAGUGCGACAGCCCCUUCGUCACCAAAUACUACGGCUCUUACCUGAAAGACACAAAGCUAUGGAUCAUCAUGGAGUACCUGGGCGGCGGCUCUGCCCUGGACUUGAUGGAGCCAGGGUUGCUGGAUGAGACACAGAUUGCCACAAUCCUCAGAGAAAUCCUAAAGGGGCUGGAGUACCUACAUUCUGAGAAGAAGAUACACAGAGAUAUCAAAGCGGCGAACGUGCUGCUGUCAGAGCAGGGUGAGGUCAAGCUGGCCGACUUCGGCGUGGCUGGGCAGUUGACCGACACGCAGAUCAAGAGGAACACCUUUGUGGGCACGCCCUUCUGGAUGGCCCCUGAGGUCAUCAAGCAGUCCGCCUACGACUCCAAGGCAGACAUCUGGUCCCUGGGCAUCACCGCCAUCGAGCUGGCCAAAGGAGAGCCUCCGCACUCGGACCUCCACCCCAUGAAGGUGCUGUUCCUCAUCCCAAAGAACAACCCCCCAACGCUGGAGGGCAGCUACAGCAAGCCCCUCAAAGAGUUUGUGGAGGCCUGCCUCAACAAAGAGCCCAGUUUCAGGCCCACAGCCAAAGAGCUUCUAAAGCAUAAGCUGAUAGUUCGCCACGCGAAGAAGACCUCGUACCUAACAGAACUGAUUGACCGAUACAAGCGCUGGAAGGCCGAGCAGUCCAGAGAGGAGUCCAGCUCAGACGAGUCCGACUCGGAGCAGGAUGGCCAGGCGUCAGGAGGCAGUGGCUUUGGGAGUGAUGACUGGAUCUUCACUAUCCGGGAGAAGGACCCCAAGAAGCUGCAGAACGGAUCCAGCCAGGCCGGGGCUCCUGAGGAGGAGAACGUUCCCAAAAGGCCUCUAUCUCAGAGCUUGUCCACCAUCAUAUCUCCUGCUUUCGCUGAGCUGCAGGACAGAGGUGACACGUCUGUGAAGCCCGAAUCUCUGGAGGAGCUGAGGGCGGCCAUCUUCUUGGCUGAGGAGGCGUGUCCCGGAAUCUCAGACACCAUGGUGUCGCAGCUCAUUCAGAGGCUGCAGAGGUUUUCUAGACCAAGAACAUCAUCAUCUUCUCGCCCCUGAUUGGUGUUCAGGACCUGUCCAUCACUGCAUCAUACCGCCCCCCCUCUAAAUUAACCAAUGAGAUGCCAGAUGACUCAUUUAAGUAUCUCUGGGGGGACCACUGGUGAUUCAGUCGCUGAAAGAGAAACGUCAGACCCUCACUAGCUUUUCAUUUCCUUCUUCCUUCUAGUUUGAAAUGUGGGUUCAGAUGUGUGUGUGUGUGUGGGUGGGUGUGUGUGUGAGUUAGAGAGCUGGAAAGUUAUAUCUUUGCCCACACUGCUUGUACUCACAGCAUCUAUAGAGAGAGAGAGAGAGAGAGAGAGAGAGUGUGUGUGUGUGUGUAUGUAUGGUUGGCGGUGUAACAAGGAGAAAGAAAAAAAUGCAUCUGUAAAACUUGUGUGAUUCUCUCACACUAAAGAAUCUCAAGUUGCACGCUCCCAUUCAGGAAAGAAAACUCACACGUGCACACACACAUACACACAGACAUACACACACACACACACCUCCAAGCCUUUGAGAGCAUGCCUGGUUCAGAGAGGAUAGGACUGCAUGAGUGUGUGCCCUGUGAGUGUGUGCUUGAGUGUGUGAGCGCAUGGACUUGGCCACCCCCCUUAUGCUAUCGAGAUUACAGCAUUCUCACUGAAAACUCAGGUAACCUGCAUUGAGCGGACAAGUCAUCCAGGGGGACAGGGGGCGCUGUGUUUUUGGAUUCGUGUAUAAAUCUGUAUAUAGGCUCAGUUUUACAGAGGUUUAAAGACAAAUGAUGGAUUUUUUGUUUUGUUUUUUUUCCUUUUUUUUUGCAAAAAUGAGUCACUGUACAGAUGGCAGAGUGCUUCUGUAGAUAUUGUUAGUAAAAGAAGAAGAGAAAGAUGAAUAUUUAAAAAAUAAUUACGUCACUUGAAUGGCCAUUACUGAAAUUGCCUUGCCUUUUUAUCAAAAUGUACAUUUUUUUGGUGUUCAUUUAAUUUUAAUAAAAAUUUUAAAUGAGA